UAGAAAAAAGCUCGUUCAAUGGCUGAUUCACAACGGACAGCAACAUUCAACAAAGAGAAACAAGCAACAAAGAAUCGAAUUAAGGAGAAGAAUAGGGUAGUUUUCCGAAGAAAUUCUUUAAGUUGUGAAUCAUGAAUCAGUGAUUUAUAAAUCAAGAGAGAAAGGUUUUGCGAUGGCAUUUAAUUGGAGAGGCGGCCCGAGAGCUCGGCAUCUGCUGUUCUUGAUUCUCCUCCACACAGCCUGGGAGGUGGGGAGCAGCCAGAUCCAUUACUCCGUGCCGGAGGAAGCGAAACACGGUACGUUCGUGGGGCGAAUCGCACAGGACUUGGGUCUGGAGGUCGGGGAACUGGUGUCGAGGUUGUUUCGGGUGGUGUCCAAGGACCGCAGGGACUACCUGGAGGUAAAUGCGCAGAACGGCAUUUUGUUUGUGAAUUCGCGGAUCGACCGUGAGGAGCUGUGCGGUCGCAGUCCUGUUUGUAGCAUCCACUUGGAGGUGAUCGUAGACAAACCUCUGCAGGUUUUCCAUGUGGAGGUGGAGAUCAAGGACAUUAAUGACAACCCACCUGUGUUCUUGGUUAAGCAGCAAAGAUUGUUCAUUUUAGAAUCCAGGAUUGCAGAUUCUAGAUUCCCACUAGAGGGCGCGUCUGACGCUGAUAUCGGAGCUAACGCAGAAUUGUCAUACAAGCUGUCUGCGAGUGAACAUUUUUAUUUGGAUAUAAUACAAACAGGAGAGACUAAAUCCGUAGAGCUAGUUCUGAAGAAAUCUUUAGACAGAGAAGAAACUCCUGAAUACAGUUUAUUAUUAACAGCCACAGAUCAGGGCAAACCAGAACUAACAGGAACAGCACAGCUUCUGAUCACUGUGCUGGACGCAAACGAUAAUGCCCCAACAUUCGAUAAAUCCAUCUACAAUGUUAGAUUACUCGAAAAUAUUCCUAAUGGUACACUAGUGAUCAGAUUGAACGCCUCUGAUGCAGAUGAAGGAGUAAAUAAAGAGAUACAAUAUCACUUUGGAAGUCUUGUUCUAGCUAGCAUAAGAUCGAAAUUCAGCAUCGAUAGUAAUACAGGAGAAAUAAGAGUUAGUGGAAAUCUGGAUUAUGAAGAAUGCAAUUUAUAUGAAAUCAAAGUCGAGGCUGUGGAUAGAAGUUAUUUCCCGUUAACAGGACAUUGCAAAGUUAUGGUAAAGCUAUUAGACGUUAAUGAUAACGCUCCCCAGGUGUCUGUGACUUCUUUGUCUCUUCCAGUCCGGGAGGACGCCCCUCUGGGCACAGUCAUAGCCCUCAUCAGUGUGUUCGAUAGAGACUCGGGCGCCAGCGGGCAAGUGACUUGCUCACUGUCGCCCCCAGGGCCCUUUACUCUGGUGUCCACCUUCAGGAAUUAUUAUUCACUGGUGCUGGACAGCCCUGUUGACCGCGAGAGCAUGUCGGGCUAUGAGCUUGUGGUGACUGCGAGGGAUGGCGGAACGCCAGCACUUUGGGCUACCGCCAGUGUGUCCGUGGGCGUCGGCGACGUAAACGACAAUGCACCUGCCUUCGAGCAACCUGUGUACACCGUGUUUGUGAAGGAGAACAACCCACCGGGCUGUCACAUCUUUACGGUGUCUGCAUCGGACCCAGAUGCACAGGAGAACGCGGUGGUGUCUUAUUCGUUAGUGGAGCGGCGGGUGGGGGAGCGUCCACUGUCGAGCUACGUGUCUGUGCACUCGGAGAGCGGGAAAGUGUACGCCUUGCAGCCCCUGGACCACGAGGAGCUGGAGCUGCUGCAGUUCCAGGUGAGCGCCCGGGAUGCUGGCUUCCCUCCUCUGAGCAGCGACGUUAGCCUGCAGGUGUUCGUGCUAGACGAGAACGAUAACGCUCCAGUUGUGCUGCCGCCUCACUCUGGCGUCAGCCCAGUGACUGAGCUGGUGUCACAGUCUGUGGCUGUGGGCCAUGUGGUGGCGAAGAUCCGGGCCGUGGAUGCAGAUUCAGGCUACAAUGCGUGGCUGUCUUAUGAGCUGCAGCCAGAGAUGAGCCUUGGACGCAGCCCUUUCCGCGUGGGUCUGUACACUGGAGAGAUCAGCACUAUUAGGGCCUUGGAUGAGUCGGAUGGACCGAGGCAGACACUCCUUGUGUUGGUGAAGGACCACGGGAAACCCGUGUUGUCAGUCACAGCCACUGUGAGUGUGUCACUGGUGGAGAACGGGCAGGCGUUCAAAACUUCAUCUAGUGGUUCUGGGGUCUUGGCAAAGACUGGCAUGGGAAAGGAGACAGCGCUGAUGGACGUGAAUGUCUAUUUGAUCAUCGCCAUCUGCUCGGUUUCUAGUUUAUUGGUGCUGAGUCUGCUGCUUUAUUUGGCUCUUCGAUGCUCUACGCCCUCGAAGGGGGUGUGUGGUCCUGGAAAGCCCACGCUGGUAUGUUCCAGCGAGGUCGGGAGCUUGUCUUAUUCUCAGCAGCGGCGGCAGAGGUCUAUUCCUGGGAUGGGGUGACCAAGAAUGAUCUCAUGGCCUUCAGCCCCAAUCUCCCCCAGCCUCCUGGCUCUAAGGAAGGAGGUCAAACUCAGGAAGUUGUGA